AUGAUUUCUACUUCUGCGAAUGAGGACGACAUCCCCGAUAAUACCCAGCCACAAGGCUUCAACCCAGUUAAAAUCGCCCAGGUAGAUUACCUGGGAGAACAGCAUACUAACAGUUGCACCCAUCGCGACCUUGGAUUCGUUGGCCAAGUCGCCGGUCGGUGGUUUGCCAUCUACGGUGACACUCUCUGGUGUAAGCCCGGGGUUACCGACUCUAGCCAAGACCCUGAGGGAUUUCAUGGCAUGGUGCGGGAUUCUAUCGCGGAAUGUACCGACAAUGCACUGCGUGUUAAUUUCACGCAAUUGAACGAGGACACACCGGUGGCACAUCCAAAACAGUUUGUUCCUUAUAACGAAGCGUGGGGCGAGUCUAUAACUACUGGAUUUGGAGGGACCAGUCUAUGCCCUGUGGAUGAAGAAAAUAGUCUUCUGUUCUUUCUGGUGAACCAAAACUCCGAAGGCCUUGUGGGAGCCGGCGUUGCGCAGGUACAACUACGUGACGGCAUUCCAACUGUUGUGAAACGAUACGGCGACAACGGCUGGUGGUGGAAUGCAAACAGCGAAGCUCGUUACGGCGAUGUCGCCGCGUACCGCGAUGAGAAUUCGGAAUUCAUUUAUGGCUGGGGUGGCGCACCAACAAAUAUCAAGGAUUUCGUGCCGGGACAAUAUGUCUACCAGGUCCGGGUGAUGGCAUCAGCGGCUUGGGACAAGUCACAGUACGAGUAUUGGUGGGGACGCAGUGCUGGCUGGAAGAAUGCGCCUUUGACAACAUUUAACAAGGAGACCGCUGUCAUGUGGGGAGUUGGACAAGGCAGUACUUACUACAGCCCCUACUACAAAUGCUAUUUUUAUGUGCACUUCAAUAAUGCAGACAUUUCUAUUCGGACAGCACCUACGCCGGAAGGGCCCUGGGCUGCUGAUGUAAAAGUCUAUACACCUACCCCCAUCCAAGGCGGCUUCACAUAUUCACCAGGGAUACACCCCUAUCUCGAUCCGACUGGACGGUCUUUAACCAUUAAUUAUACAAACAACAAUCAUAUUCAAGUUAUCAAAGCUACGUUCGAAUAG